AGGGCAAAGAAAAUGGCGUGUGUUGAGUGUAGACAACAGAAAUCCAAAUGUGAUGCUCAAGAGAAGUAUCCAAAUCCUUGUUCCAGAUGCUCAAAGAAGGGCAUAUCGUGCAGUUUACAAUCAGACUAUAAAAGAACAUAUAAAAGAGCUAAAUUUCAACAGAUUGAAGAGGAAUUAGAAGAGUUGAAGAAGAACUUGAGUGAGGCUGGUGCUGAUAAUUUAUUAAAACAAUUAAAAGAGAAAUCUUUCCAAGUUCAUGAAUUGAAUAAACAAGCAUCAAUAUCAUCUUCACCUCAACAACAAACUCCACCGGCAACACACCAACAACAACAGCCUAAUGCAGGUUUUUCUACAAAUACCUUACCACCUUUAAGAUCUGCUUUAUCAUCUAAUUCAACUCCGUUUGCAGCAUCUCCAAAACCCAUCCAAUCCAAUGUUUACCCGCAAAGUUUACCAAUGGAACAAGGACCAUCAAUCAUAAGGAAUGAUUACACUCAAAUCGAAUCAAAACCAUUGAAAAUCCAAUUAACAGAUGAACAACUUUUCUGUACACCAAAACAGUUCGGAGAAGUUGAGUUAUCCACUGAACAGAUAAGGCAAUUGUUCUUGGAAUUUGUCAACAAUUAUCAUCAAUUCUUACCUAUUGUUGAUCUUUCAAGGGGACCUGAACGUAUUCAUAGACUUUGCCCAGUGUUAUUUUGGACAAUAAUGUCUGUUGCUCUUCGUCAUCAUUCAACUGAUAUCUUGAUGACUUUGGCUCCAUUAUUGAAAACUGCAUUAGCUGAAAUUACAAUAAGUCCAAUCACAAGAUAUUUGCCAAAUGAAGAAGAUGAACCAAUUUUAAACGUGUCUUCAGUUUUCUCGGUACAAGCUUUUCUAAUUUAUACAUUUUGGCCACCAUUAACUUCAUCAUUAAGUGCAGACUCAUCAUGGAAUACAGUUGGUAUUGCAAUUUUCCAAGCCAUAAGAAUUGGGUUAAAUGGUCCAGGUGUUAAUAAUUAUAGUAAUCAACAACAACAACCAGAAGUGAAUUCAAUAUUAAAAGAACACGUUAGAACAUGGAUAUCUUGUAAUAUUGUUUCACAAACUAUUGCCACAGCUUUUGGAUUCCCAGCUUUUGUUUCAUUUGAUAGUUCAGUUGUUGGCAGUUGUAGGCCUGGCUCAGAAGAUGGAAUACCAAUUGAAUUGAAACAUAUGGUAGAGAUAAGUCAUUUUGAAGAUCAAGUUGCUAAAAUUUUAAACUCAAAUACAGUUGAUGUUAUGGGACUUGCAGAUGCAGCUGAAAGAUUACCAUUAUUGAAAGUAUUAACUCAACAAUUAAAUGAAUUGGAAGUUAAACUGAGAAUAGAAGGAUUUGAUGACAUUAGAAAAUUCCAAAUAUUGGCUUCAAAAGUUCAUCUAUUGACUUAUUAUUUCCUUGAUAAUUCAAAGAUUGCCAAUUUUGAACUACGCCGUGGAUUAGUACUUGUCUAUAAUGCUGCAUUGAGUUUAUUGAGUCAUGUGCAAACAGUUUACAAUAAGGAUCCAAAAUUCAUCAAAUAUUUACCAGGUGUUUUCGUUUUAAUGAUAUGGCAAGCUUCAUGUAUUGUUGCCAAGUUGAUUCAUUCUUCAUUGAGUGAUGUUAUUGAUAUCGGUGCAGGAAGACAAUUGUAUACAGUGGCCAUUCAGUUAGCUAUGAGAGCUUCUAUUUUAAAACAUGAUAUGGCUUACCGUUCAAGUGGUAUUAUGAGAAACAUGUGGCAAUUAUUUAAAGCUCUUAGAGAGAAAACAUCAAUUUCUAAUUUGGAUGUGACUAUCAGAACAAGAAUGUCUGCAAGUGUUUUCUUUGAUUGUCUUUGGGUCUUGAGAGAACAAGUUGGAAUGAUUAAACUUAAUCCAAAUCAAAAAUUAUCAAGUGGUGAGCUAUCAAAUGAAAUUGAUGAUGACGAAGAUGAAGAUUUCGGAACAGAUGAUGAGGCAAUUGAUGAUGAAAAUGGGGAUAGUCAUGUUACAGGAACUGACCCAGGUACUGUUGGGUCUGAAAGUUCAGAUGCUAAAUCAACAACUUCUUCGCAAAAGAAAAGACCAAGAUCAUUAUCUAAUAAUCAUAAUGCGGAACAUGCUGCCAGAAGAAUCAUUAGAACUAUUCCAUUGGAUCCAGCUCCAAUUUCAUUAAAGAAAGAUACUACUGAUGAAAGCCCUGGUAGACAAAUGUCUAGUUCUUUGAAAGAUAUUAUCAACAAACAGUCACCAGAUAGUACUUCAUCAAGUAUUGGAAGCUCAAGACCACUAAAGAAACAACAAAAAACUACAGCGACAAAACGUGCUUCGCCACAAAAGAAGAAACAAUUACAACAGCCUUCAACCUCAGCUCAAAUUGGCCAAAACAAUCAUCAUACUCCAACAGAACAACAAUUAUUUGCACAACCUCAUCAACCACAUUCAUUACAACAACAACAACACCAAUUCAGACAGAAUAGUAACAAUACAACUUCACCAUCAAACAUCCCAUCAUUGGAUAUUAGUGAUGACUGGACAAGCGAUAUGUUGUGGAAAGAUGUUGAUUCUGUUAUGAAUGAUUUCGGGUUUAAUACU